GAUCGCUCUGUUCUGUGAUCAUGGCUGCACUGGACCACACCAGCCAUGUUUGCUAAUUUAAAACCCAAAGGUUAGGGGAAUAGUUGUUUAUAAUUUACCGAUGUGCCAUCUUCACCCGCAUAUACGUUUAGACGAAGGUUUAGAGGCAUCUGCGCCUUCGUGAUCCCGGGACUGAAAGAUGGAGUCAAAUAAUCAUUUCAACUAUAGUACCCACUCCUCAGCAAACUCAGGACUGAAACUCUCCUCAGGGGAUUCUCUUUAUACUAACGGGUCCUCCAUGAGUUUUCCUCAGCAGGGGAAGAAUAUGAAUGGCGAAAUGAAUGUGAAUGGCGUCACUACUGUACACGGGUCCGGUGUGCCUGGUUCCCACCCACCAACAGCUCCUUACCCACACAUGAGCAACCACCACCAGAGCAGCAUGGGCUAUGACUACUUGUGGGGAGGACAUCCUCAGUAUAGUCCAGCCAUGGGCACCUCUCCUGGGCACGGGAUGCACCAGAAGCAGCCUACACCUGGGAUGGUGCAGCCUCAGUCACAACACCACUUCCAGGGUCAUGGACAGUACCAGCUGAAUGGGGGUAUUGAAAGCUCCCACCAGCCCCCUGUGGCAGGCCCACCAAACAUGCCUCUUACUGGAAGUCAGUACUGGAACAGGAGUAACCCCGGUCCACAGCAGAUAAGUUAUAAUUCCCACAGUAUGUAUGGGACCUACCAGAGUCCGACACAUCCUGGAAUUACACCGUCACAGCAUCACCAGCAACAGUCCUUACAACCGCCCCCACAUCAAGCGUCACAGCAGCACCUCCACUCCCAUCGUAACCCACACCACCACCAGCAGCACCAGCAACCACAGCAUUAUGGCCUGAUGCCUAAUGGGAUGCCCUACUACCAGCAUCAACCCCAGCACCCGUCCCUGCCAUCUCCCCAGCAGCAGCCUCCAUCUCAGCCCCAAGGCCAGGCUCAGAUCAUUCCCCCAGUGGCUCAGAGUUUUACUCCUCCACGUGGCAGCCCACAGCACCAGAGUUUAGUUAGAGGAGGCACUGGCAGCCCACUCCCUGUGGGGACGUCCUCCACACCACUGAUGUCACCAUCAACAGUGCAGGAUAGUGAAUCACCCAAGGGCCACAGCAGGGAACUGAGCCCCCAUGCUGCUAGCAACGUGGGAAAAUCUACUGUCAUGCAAGGGCAUACGAGAGAAGCUGUCAAGGAGGAAGACACGAGCCAUAAUGGCAAUGAAAGGGCACCUUUUGCCCAGAGGAUACCCAAAAGUGCGGCUCAUGUGGGACCUGAUUAUCGUCAGCAUUCUGAACAGCCAGCAGCUCAGCAUCCAGAAAUGUCUUCCCCUGUCAGAGAGACAGCCGUUAAUACACCUCCCCAGUCUGUGUCAUCGCAGCCCUCUGAAUCUCCCCCGGCCUCAACACCUCCUCGGGUCUCUGCAGCUCCUGCUGUCUCAGAGUCUCCCACAUCUGCCCCUGGGCCCCCUUUAGUAUCAUCCCCCGAUGUAGAAUCUAUUCCACCACACAUCUCAACGCACCCCAAUGUGUCCUCUGCUCCGUCUUCAGCCGUUUCUCCCAGACUAUCCUCACCUACAUUGUUGAAGCAAGGCUUCAGGCCUCCCACUUCUGCUGCGACUGAGACAUCUCCUGCUGGAUCCAAGCAUCUGUCAGCAGGGUCCUCUCCCUCCUCCCUGCCUUCGUCACCUCAAAAGUUGUCUACACCUCUUACUUCGACUGAUAGUGCGUCUAGACCCGCAACAGUUUCUUCAGUCCCUCCGGUCUCUUCUCCCUCGUCAGACUCUGUGGCUCAUCAAACCAAGUCUUCUUUGCCUCGUACAGCUUCUGGACCUCCUACUACUGCACCCAUCUCAUCUCUUCAACAAAUGGUUCAAGGGUCCAAGCCACCUCUGUUGAAAUCUUGGUUUCCUGAUAAAUCUAGAGUUCAACAUGAAAAGCCUGGACCCCCAAAAUUAAUACCUGCCGCUUUGUCAGUGGGUGCAAAAUCCUCAUUCGCUAGUGUGGCUCCACCUCUUAUGUCAGCACCUUCAACCUCAAAACCAUCUGGCUCUUGUUUAUCAGCAUUUCCCAUGUCUGUGUCAAAAACUCCAUCAGUUGGCAGUAGACCUUGUGACCCAGCGCCCACACCCCAGCCUCAGACAUGCACUCCUCCAGCUGCUGACUCUGGUCUUUUCACUGCUUCUGCAGCAUCUUCACCACCAGGAGUGAAGAACUUAUCCUCCUCAGCAGCCCAUGAAAGUCUUACAGUCCGACCUCUGUCUACCCUACCUCUUCUAACCACUCAAGCCUCCAGGACUGCACCCGUGUCCGCCCCUCCUGCCUUGGUGUCUGUGCCCUCUGCAAUGGGUACGUCUUCUGGAGUGGUCCAAAGUUCUGACUCUGAGCAGCAUCCUCCGAACACCACUCCUCCUGAAGCGCUGAAGCAGUCUCCUCCCAAGCCAGAGCACCAUGGUCAUAGUGAGGACAAGAAAGCUAAAAGAAAUGGAAAACCAGAGGAACACCUCCCUCUGCUGGAUUUGGGCAAGAUAAGAACAUCACAGAAGGUGGAAGCUACUGAAACUGAUACAUCUGAAAUUUGCUCAUCAAAAUCCCUCUCUGAUCUUCCUGGGAAACCCUUGCAGACCACAGAUCCUGAUCAAAUGCCCAAGAAUAAACAGACGGCUUCUGAAAAGCACCACAUGCAAAGCAGUUUCUAUGAGACGGAAGACUCCACGCUGGAGCAGACUCCACUCAGAAAGUCUUCGCAUCUCCACAGCACAAGGGUAGAACAUCUGACUGAUGAUGAAAGUUUUGAUGACCCUUCACAUACAGCUUCUUACUUUGAUUGCAAUUCAACAUUUGACAGCCCCUCAAGAAUUGAUGUCAGCUCUGCCUUUGAAAAGACUUCUCUUCUAGACGACGAUAGCUCAUGCAUGGACGACUCGACUCACUUUGACAACAGCUUUCACCUGAGCAAGGACACUUCUCAGUUUGGCAGCACUUCCCAUGCAGAAGAGGAACCAUCUACUGCGUUUGAUACCACUAGAGAUGGCACAUAUUCUUUUGAAGACUCCAGAGAUGACGCGUUGGACUCCACCAGGGAAGGGGACACGUCUGAGGCAGAAGAGACAAAGGACAGCUGUCAAAUCACAGGAGAAUCCAUGCUGGAGUCUUCUCUGAACAACACCUCUCAGAUGGAAGAGCCAUCUGUAGACUCGAGUGAUCUGUCCAACUCGCGCUCAUUUCAGCCAGGUCUUCAAGGACCUGAAGCAGAGUGGGGGCCCAGAGGACAUGAUGCACCAGACUCAGCUGGACGCAUUAAGACCGCUGUUGAUGAGACGAUGACUCCCCCGAGUUUCAAGAUGAAGGAGGAGAACUUCAUCGCCUUCAGUACCCCAGCAGAGAGCCCUGCUGUACACCCACUCCAACCAGUAACUGAUCCAAUUGUGUCAGCUGCUGGAGGAAAUGUGAAAACCCCAGGGAAACCACGCAAACCUCGAGCUCCAAAGGCACUAUGGAUUAAAACCCCAGCUCCUGAGGAGGUCAAGCGAAAGCCUCGGGCUCGAACCCCGAAAGUGGAGAAGUUGAAGACUGAUAACGAGGGAGACAAUAAAGAGGAGGUAGCCAAGGGCAGAAAGAGGAAGAAGUCUCUCAAGGUGGAUGUUAAAGAAACAUCAGCUGUAUGUGGAGAGGCUGGGCCUCCCACAGCAGAGGUUGAUCCCAUCACAGCCACAAUUGAUGCUGUUCUGGCCAACACUUCAGCUAUUAACACAACAUUCGAGAAACCCAAGAAGGCGAAAAGGGUUAAGAAACAAGACCAAGAAGGAAAUCUGGCAAAAACACGGAAAGAUGCCGAAACAACGGCUGAUGACGUUGAUGAAAAUGAUGAUGACAGCUCCACUGCAGGUGAAUCGAGACAGAGGAGGGUUGCAACUGAGGAGCAGGUUCAGUUCCCAAUGCAGCAUGGUUGGAAGAGGGAGAUUCGUGUGAAGAAAAUGGAGGAUCGCAUGAAAGGCGAAACCUGGUACUACUCGCCUUGUGGAAGGAGGAUGAAGCAGUUCCCGGAAAUAAUCAAGUACUUGAAGAAACACACGGACAGUGUGGUCAGCAGAGAACACUUCAGCUUCAGCCCACGCAUGCCUGUUGGAGAUUUUUAUGAAGAAAGAGAAACUCCUGAGGGUAAGCAGUGGGUCAUCUUGGCUAAUGAGGAGGUUCCCUCUAUGAUCAUGGCCAUCACUGGCCGGCGAGGACGUCCUCCAAACCCUGAUAAAGAGAAACCCUGCAGGGUUCGUGGCCUGAAGGGAGGACAGGCCCGCCGCCCGGGUAGACCUCCCAAACCCAAGAUGAUUGACCUCCUUACCAAAGUUGAUGCCAAGCUUUUGAAGCGACUUGAGGCUAAGGAAGCUCUCACAGAGGAGGAAAAGGAGAAACUUGCAAAAAUCAAAAAGAAAAUGAAGAAAAAGGCAAGAAUGAAGAGGAGGGAAGAUGCGAAGAUUAAGAAGAUAAAAGUUGAAAAAAAGAAAGCCAAGCAAGCGGCCAAGGACUUGGAGCUGAAGGCUGAACCAACAGACCAGACAGCCACUCCGCCACAAUCAGCGUCUGCUGCAGCGCCCAAGAAGCCCGGCCGCAGGAGGUCAGUCAAGGUUGAGGCUCCUCCGAGGGUACAGCAGACUGAUGAGGAGCGGAUAGCCCAGGGUAAGAGGGUGCUGGGUGCUCGCAGUAAAGCCAAGGCUCUGGCUAAAGCCCAGGCAGAAGCGGAGGCGGUGGCUCAGACGGCUCAGGCAGUUAAGAGGGCAGCAGAGAGGAGAGUGCAGGCCCAGAGACGUCUGGAGGAGCGGAAGAGGCUGCAGUUGAUCGCAGAUGAACUGAAGAAGCCCACAGAGGACAUGUGUCUCACUGACCACAACCCGCUGCCAGAGCUGUCCCGUAUCCCUGGUGUGGUUCUUUCUGGCAAAGCGUUUGCACACUGCCUGGCUGUGGUUGAGUUCCUACAUGGCUAUGGAAAGUUGAUUGGUCUCAACAUACCCAAGGACAUCCCCAGCCUUGCUACCCUGCAGGAGGGCCUCUUAGGCCUGGGCGACAGUCAAGGAGAGGUCCAGGACCUGCUGAUGAAGCUGGUGGAGGCUGCACUCCAUGAUCCAGGCCUGCCAUCAUUUUAUCAGUCGGUAAAGAUUCUCGGGGAAAAGCUGGUUGAGUCAGAGCUGACCCGCAGCACAGUCUCAGAAGUGCUUCGUGUCUUUUUGGAAUCUCAUGGUUAUGAGACAGAUGUGUGCAACACACUGAGGACCAAAACAUUUCACGCUCUGUCCCCUGACACCAAGGCAGCCGUCCUGGGUUUCCUGGUGGACGAGCUCAACAGCAGCAACGUUGUGACGAGUGACAUUGACAACACAUUAGAAAACAUGGCAACUUACAGGAAGAACAAGUGGAUCAUUGAGGGGAAGUUGCGCAAACUGAAGGCAGCACUAGCGCGUCGUACAGGGCGCUCGGAGGAAGAGCUGGGUUUUGAGGAGCGGAGGCGCAGUGCCAGAGUGGCCGAGGAAGAGAACCUCAGUCUGGAGGAGAGUGGCCCAGCCUCGGAGAGAGGCAACCGCCGCACGCGCAAAGAAGAGCCCAAACUCAGCGACAGUGAGAGCCCUAGCACUGCCAGCAUUCCAGAGCUUGAGAGGCAGAUAGAUAAGCUGGCCAAGCGACAAGCGUUUUUCCGUAAAAAGCUGCUACUGUCAUCUCAUUCCAUGCGGGCCGUAUUGCUGGGCCAGGACCGUUACCAGCGCAGAUACUUGGCCCUGCCUCACCUUGGAGGAGUUCUGGUCGAGGGGCCAGAGGAGCUGUUGACUUCUGGAGAAGUCCUUGUAGCCGAGGUUCCCGUCAACUUUCUCAAAAAGGAGCCCAAAGUUGAGGAGACCGCCAUUCCUACCACUCUUCCUCCUACUCUGCCUUCCUCUCCUUCCUCUGGUACCCCCGCCCAGGCCCAGACCUCGUCUCUAGAGGAUGACAACCUCCCUGGCACUGCAUCCCUCAUGAGCAGGCCAAGAGGACGAGGACGGCCCCGAAAAAUCAAACCAGAAGUGGAGCUUCACCUCCGCACAGCAAAGAUUCGCCGCCGGCGUCGAAGUAGCGCCAGGUCGGGCGGUGAAGAGGGGCCGGGAUCACCGAACAGCGGCACGCACGACCUCACACAGGCUGCUUUCAAGAGCUGGCUCAGCCAAUCGCAGGAAGGAGUGACCAACGGCACAUGCUCCGCAGCAGGAGAUGCUCCGGAGGGUAAUCAACCAGAGGAGAGUGUGAAGCAGAUGGCAGAGAAACAGGGACAGUGGUUCAACCUGCUCCCUAAACAACCGUGCGACGAUAACUCUCUGACUGAGCCCCAGGUACCCAGCUCACCCCCUAAACUCCUCCCACAGAUCCUGAGUGCUCUGCCGGCAUUCGCUGCUCCACUCCUGAAGCCGGACCCGCUACUGCCUGGCUUGUCCCCAGCAACACCACAGGACAUUCCUUCCACACUACCUGCUUCUGCUGUUCCUGUUUGUGCCUCAGCACUUCCUCUCCCGCAGCUUCUUCCAGUUUCCAUUCCUCCUGCCACGCCUGCGCCAACUACCCCCACCAGGCCAGGUCGCAGGCGGAGAAGAGGAAGCAGAGGCAGUAGUCCUGCCCGCAGAGGGCCAAGAGCAGCUGCAGCCAAGCGCCGCGGCCGUCCUCCCAACUCUGUGUUUCAAGAGCUCGAGCAGCAGUACUUCACACAACUGGUGGUCAAGCCCAUUCCAGCAUCAAUGGUGUGUGGCUGGUGGUGGAUUAAGAAUCCAGAUGAACUGCAAAGCAUCUUACAAGCUCUCCAUCCAAGGGGCAUCAGGGAGAAGGUGCUCCAUAAGCAUCUGGCCAAACACAUGGAGAACUUAACUGAGCUAUGCACCAAACCUGUCAACGACCCUAUUUUUGAGUCGAAGGUAGAGGAGAAAGAUGUGCUGUUGGUGGCUCUGCAGCAGCCCUGGCAAGUGCAAGAGAAAGCAAUGGAGACUGACAUCAAUGCCCUACAGUGGGUGGAGGACCUGGAGCAGCGGGUCAUCGCAGCUGACCUCCAUCUCAAGGCGGCACCUCAGGGUGCAGUGAAUGAUGCUGAAUCCAACACAGAGACACCAAUGGCAGAAUUUCAGCCCUACACAAUCCCAGAUCCAGACUCCACACGGGAUGACCUCCAAUACUAUGACCAUGAAGCCGACCCACGUGAUGACUGGAUUGUGCGAACUAAGAAGGAGUGGUCGGGCCUUCCACGUAUCGUCACCCACCCCGUGGACUUGGCCGUGCUGCGUUUGGCCAACCUUGAGCGAAACAUCGAGAGGCGCUACCUGAAGGAGCCGCUGUGGAACCCAGCCGAAGUGAUGCGCCUCGCUCCACUCACCCCUACUCCAGGAGAAGAGCAUCCCAUGGAUGUCUUCAGUUUGGAAAGUGAGAUCACGUCUCGACUACGAACAUGGCGACAAGCUCUGGAUCGCUGCCGCAGCGCUCCCCAGGUCUGUCUGUGUUUACUUCAGCUGGAGAAGGCCAUUGCUUGGGAGAGAUCUGUGACUAAAGUGAAUUGCCAGGUUUGCAGGAAGGGAGAUAAUGAUGAUUGCCUGUUGCUGUGUGACGGCUGUGAUCGUGGCUGCCACAUGUACUGCCUGAGGCCCAAAAUCACCCAGGUGCCAGAGGGAGACUGGUUUUGUCCUACCUGCAUUGCCCAGGAGGACUGUGAUUCACCGCGCUCGUCCAAAAAGAGAACUAGGGUGAAAAAGAGACGAUACGAAGACGAAAGCUCUGAAGAUGAGAGAACAACGCGACGCAGUAGUGGCGGCAUGGCGACGCGGUUCAAGGAGAUCGUGACACCGGCCUCAUCCUCCCGUCAGUCUGGAGACGGAAGCGCCGCUAAACGUCGUCGCAUGACGACCCGCAACCAGCCUGACCUCACCUUCUGCGAGAUCAUUCUUAUGGAGAUGGAGGCACAUGGAGACGCCUGGCCGUUCCUUGAACCAGUCAACCCCCGACUGGUGCCAGGUUACCGCCGCAUCGUCAAGAGCCCGAUGGACUUCCUCACCAUGAGAGAGAGACUGCUACAGGGAGUGUACUGCAACUGUGAGGAGUUUGCGGCAGACGCUCAUCUCGUCUUUAACAACUGCGAGAUGUUCAACGAGGACACCUCUGAGGUGGGAACGGCCGGACACGCCAUGAGGCGUUUCUUUGAGAGCCGCUGGACGGAGUUCUACUCAAAUAAGGACAAAUAGGGGUCUGCGAUGUUCCCCCUGAUGGUGGGGCUGUAAAACUGUUGGUGCUGUCACCGUCCCAGUCACACUCUCAUUACUGCUAAGACUGUCUGGAUGUUCUUCCAGCUAUGUGUAUUCGCUCAUGUAUAGGUAUAUAUGUAUAGACUUUGGCUAUUUGUCUGUUAUUGUUUCCUCUACCGGCCAAAUCUUUUCCAGGCCCACAGCUGAACUGGCUUAAACUUGUACCCAUUCCCCAUCACAGAGAGAACAUGUCUCUUCAGUUUCACCUCGUCACGUCAUAUCCUGUUUGCGUUCUCCUGUCACGUCCUUUCACAAGCCCCAUGUCGUAGCGAGGCCUUCGGUCAAGCCCUGCUUGUGCGGUGAUGACACGGUCCCAGGCCCUGAGUAUUUUGUCAGACUCGUACUGAAGGUCAGGGACUGAUCACACUAUUGCAGCCUAACUGCUGCAUACUGGACCUGCUUAGCACCGCUCCACGACUAAAUGGAUCAGAACUCUUCACUGAGCUCGGGCCAUUUCUUACCUGUUCAAUGGAAAUGUAAUGUAACGUGGUCUUAUGCCUAGAAGUAACUUUUUUGCUCAAUAUAUUUUUAUUAUAUAUUCUAUAUAUAAAUAUAUAUAAAGAUUACAAUAGCUGGGAUUAUUUAAUAGCAAUAGCUUGUAGUGAAUGUGUACAGAUUAUCUUAUAGAGAUGUCUAGACGAUUUCCGAAAAAGGCCAGUUAAACUAAAAGGAAUCUGUUCUUGGACUGUCACAAGUAGACGUUGUAUAACCUCCACUUAAAGUCUUGCACGACACACAUUCACACAUUCACAAUUUCACCAAGACACACAUUGACAUGCACACAAUUUCACACACAUACCCACCUUCUUCUUCUGCUGCUGUGUGAAAGACACUGGGGAGCUUUUUAUUAGUGUUGGUCAGUCUGGGCGUAUAUUUCACUGUCCCUCUUGUUGAAAGUAAAUUAUCACCUGAUAUGUGUCGGACUUUAGAAAGGAUGCAACACGGCUCAAACGGAAAAUUUGCUAAUAUUAUACGAUAAAAUUGCCCCAAGAGAAGAUGAUGCUUGCAGCUUCAAAACCGCAAUUGAGCAACUGAUCUGUUGACAAUCUACUUCUGUUUGUUCUGCUCGUCUGACCAGGCGGAAACAUCGAAAAGUAGUUAUGUGCAAGGCUGAAAUCCUCCCAUUUUAAAUACUAGAACUGCAAAUGACUGGACACAUUCCUGUCUGGUUUUCUGUUUUACAUUCCUUUUUAUUGAUUUUUAUUUCUUGCUGUACAAGGGCCAAUGUACGAUGUUGCGCGGCAUGGUUGGUGUGCUAUGAAGGUGUCAGGAUGACUCCACAGUCUGGGUUUUUAAUUUAAACAUGUUUCUUACACUGAACUCAAAUCCGUUGAUAGGAAAAUAAAAGUUUGAUGUUCCUUAUUACACUUAAAGGGACGGACGUUUUUUCAAAAAAGAAAAAAAAAAAGACAUGAAAACCAAACGUGGUGUUAAGUGGAUUUUUAAUAAUGUACAGUUUUGGUGACUUUAGAUUUGUUCCUUUAUAUUUUUAGGACCAAUUCAUCAUUUUUAAGAGGAGGUAUUACAAGACUCUGUUGUAUUAAGGUGAUGUAACACGUGUGCAUCUGUAGAAUGUACUGUGAGUUGAAUAAAAACCACAUCUAGUAGA